AAUAAUCGUCACCCACAUUUUUUCUAACAUGCAAGGAGCGAGUUAUAAUCAGUUUGUUGAUUAUAAUUUAUUUAAGGACAUUGCAAAUUGAGUGAUGAUGAUAAAAUUUUAUCUUGAAUAAAAGAAGGUAGACAAUAAUCUCAGACAGAUCUCUUGAAAUGGUUUUAUGAGUAAACGGUGAUAAGAGACGGUAUCGGGAUAGCAAACCAAGCAAGUUUAUUUUGAUUGUUUAUUAUGCUUGAUCGAAAAUUAAAAAUACUGUCAAUGUUCUUGAUAUUCUGACUUCGAAGCAAUUUGUCCAGAACUCGACAGAGAAAACUUUCACGUGUAUACCACCAAAUUGCUUUAUCUGUUACUCUCAAACUCUUCAGGAUGUGUUCAAAGACGAUCUAAGCACAGAAAGUCUAUCAUUUCCCCUUCUACUUCGAACGAAAAAGCGUGCAAUUUUUAUCUUUUUUAUUCAGAAUGGAAAAGAAAGAAGAACAAUUUUAUGCAGAUAUUUUAAAUGUACAGCCUCUUAUCAGUUGCAGCUCAGUUUCGUUUCCCUCAUAAACUUCUUUACAAUACUUGACUAAAUCUUUUCGUGCAUUUUCCACAUCCGCAUUAUCCAUGAGCAAUAAAAACUUCAAGAAGUAACUGGAACCAAUAACUGAUGCACUCUCUUCAUCGAAGUCCUUGGUGAAUUUCUGUCAAUUUGUCGCCAUUAAAACACUCAUCGGUUCACGACGAGCAACCUACGGGCUGAGAAAACAGCAUCAAAAUCAAGAUCGUACAAGCGCUUUAGAAAUAUUAAUAAACGUGUAAAUGAUGUACAUGCUUUUCUCAGCCCGUUUUAUAUUCUUAAUUAUAAGAAUGAUUGUUUCAGAAUACAAGAGACGCAGAAGUUUUUUAAGAAGUUUAAGUAGAGAAACUGCUUUUUAUGCAUUUGAAAAGCGAACAACAUUGUUGGAGGUGUUAAAAUUAUGAUCCGCCCUUUUCUAGUGAUCUUCUUUCGAAAUCGUUAUAAUUAUCUUCCUAGAAAGAUAUUUUUGUUUUAGCAAAAUGAUCCAAUUAUUCGACCAUUGUCAAGCAGACGGUUCGUUGGCAUUCAGACUUCAUCAUUAAUUCCAGAGCAGUUUCAAUGGAAUCAACAGUAUAAUGUUGGUUAUUUAGAACCGAAAACCAUGAAUUUGAGCGUGUUAGAUAACUCUGCAUCGAUAACACCAUCUCUAGUUAGUGAUUAUUCAACAGGUUUGCCAUCGUGGAUGAAUACAUCGUCAGCAAAAUCGUUCAUUGACACUCGUACUUCGUCAUCAUUAAUUCCCGAGCAGUAUCAAUGGAGUCAACAAUCUAAUGUUGGUUAUUUGCAAUCCGAAACAGCCAAGACGUCCACUUGGAAUGAUUUGUUAACGUUUCUAGUCGAUGAUUGUUCAUCAUAUAGUGAAAACAAUGAAACGAAAUGGAAAAACAUAUUCGGUUCGAAUGACGUAGAAGAACCUGAAGGAUGGAGCAAUUAA